AUGAGUGACCCGACCAACCCGCACAUCCAGAACCGAACGACACCGCAAUGGGGUCUAUACCAGCGGGAAAACUUUUGGAAACCGAACGAGGGCCAGACACCGCCCUUUAACACUGAUCCUCGCAAACUGGAAGAAAGAGCCAAAGAACGACUGAGCGAAGGCGGUUGGUACUAUGCAUCCUCCAACGCAGGCAUGUCAACAACCCACCUCGCCAACCGACAAGCAUUCUUCCGGCACCGCAUCAUCCCACGCCAGCUGAUCGACACCAACUCGCGCGACACCUCAACAACAAUCUUCGGCCACCGGGUCGCAGCGCCCAUCGGGUUCGCUCCUAUCGGCAUAAACAAGAUCUACCACGCAUCCGGCGAAGCAGCCGUCGCCAAAGUCGCCGGUGAGCUGCAGCUGCCAUACUGCCUCUCGACAGCGGGGAGCACCGCAAUCGAGAAAGUAGGCGCGGCGAAUGGACCCGGCAGCCCGCGCUUCUUCCAGCUGUACAUGCCGCACGACGACGAGUUGACGACCUCGCUGCUGACGCGGGCGUGGGAGUCUGGGUUCGAUGCGCUGAUCCUCACCACGGAUACGUGGCAGCUGGGCUGGCGGCACGAUGAUGUGGCGCACUCCAACUAUGCGUUCUAUCGCGGCUUUGGCGCCGAUCUGGGACUAUCAGACCCUGUGUUUCGACGACGGUGCACUGAGGUGGGUAUUGACCCCGACAAGGAUCCCGUGGUGGCGUCGGCGAAGUGGAUUGACUCGAUCUGGCAUGGACGCGCCUGGUCAUGGGAGAAGAUCCCCUGGCUGAUGGAGCAGUGGCGGCGCAUUUCUGGGGGACGCCCGUUUGUCAUUAAGGGGAUCCAGUCUGUGGCUGAUGCGCACAAGUGCGUUGAGUAUGGCGUUGACGGUAUUGUUGUCAGUAAUCACGCCGGCCGCCAGGUGGACGGAGCCAUUGCUAGCUUGGAUGCGCUGGAGAAGAUUGUCGAUGCCUUUGGGGACCAGAUCUAUGUCAUGUUCGACUCGGGCGUGCGCGGCGCCAGUGAUAUUGUCAAGGCUUUGGCGCUUGGUGCUAAGUUUGUGUUUGUUGGUCGGUUGUGGGUCUGGGGUCUCAGUAUCAUGGGCGAGGAUGGCGUGCGCCAUGUCAUGAAGUCGCUGCUAGCGGAUUUGGAUAUUUUUAUGGGAGUGGCUGGGUUCAAUGGGGUCAAAGAUUUUGAUCGGAAUAUUCUCGAAUCUGAUCCCAAGUCCUACACACUGCUUCCCGAGAGGGAGCUGUGA